UUCCAGGCGCAGGAUGGCUCCGGCAAGGUAGGGGCUGUCUCCAUCUUGGGAAGGAAGCUACCCCCGGCUGCCCGCUCGGCCCUGGUUGUGCGUCCAGGCAAUGACCCGUGCCUCCCCAGGCCAGUUUAGAUGUCCCCCGGAUCCUGAGGGGGUCGGGGAGGGAGACGCGCACAGCGCCUUCGCAGGGGGUGAAUUAGGGCUUGGCGAGGGGCGGGGGCCCGGCGCGCCGGCCCGUUAGAUCCGCAGGAUGGCGCUGGGCAGGUGCAGGCCCUGAGGGCAGGCCCGGGGGCCGGGUCUCCCCUCUGAGGGCAGGCGGCCAGGUGCGGCGAGCGGGGCCGGGCAGCCCCACGCAGCGCCCCCUGGGCCUGCAGGUUGGCGGGCGGCGGGUGCGCGCGCGGGGCGACGGGGACGCGCCGGCGCUGCGAGGCCUGCGCGCCAGGCUGCGGGAGCCAUGCGGCGGGCAAGGAGCUCCACAGCCGCCACGCCGCGCGGGCAGAAGCGGUCCGGGGCCUCCGGCGCCCCCGCCGCCGCCUCGGCCCCCAACGACAACCGCACACGGCGCGCCACCAGCAAGGCCAGAGGCGGGAGCCAGGCGGCCAAGAAGCCGCCGUCGGCGAAGCGGGGGCCGAGGCCCUCGCCGCCGCGGGCCCAGGAGGCGGGCCCCGAGGAGCCGCCGGCAGAGUCGGCGCUGCUGUCGCCGCCGCGGCCCCCGACCCCGGCGACCCAGACGUCCUCGGUGUCCACGCUGGACCUGGGCGAGCAGCGGGAGCGCUGGGAGACGUUCCAGAAGCGGCAGAGGCUCAGCUUCGAAGGCGCCGCCAAGCUCCUGCUGGACACCUUUGAGUACCAGGGCCUGGUGAAGCACACAGGAGGCUGCCACUGUGGAGCGGUCCGUUUCGAAGUUUGGGCCUCGGCGGACUUGCACAUCUUUGACUGCAACUGCAGCAUAUGCAAGAAGAAGCAGAACAGACACUUCAUUGUUCCGGCUUCUCGCUUCAAGCUCCUGAAGGAAUCGCCCCGCACUGCCUGGAUGAGGGCACCGUGCGGAGCGUGGUCACGGAGGAGUUCAACGGCAGCGACUGGGAGAAGGCCAUGAAGGAGCACAAGACCAUCAAGAACAUGUCCAAAGAGUGAGCUGCUCCUCUGCCUCCCGGCGGGGAGGGCUGCGCGGGGCCGGCAGCUCGUGGUCCCCGUGGCGCCUCGGGGGUGCCCCGACGUGGCGGGCCUGGGAUGCUGGCCCUGCUGGCCACCGCCACCCCCGUCACUGCACUUGGCUCCAGCUACCGGUUUCUUUAGGCAGCUCUUUCCCUUCUUCAGCCUGGAUUUUGACGUAGGCUAGUUGACAUUCUUCCUUUUUCCCCCCAACUUUUGUGUGAUCUUUUAGAAAAUAAAUAUUUUUAACAUCAAA